CUGAGCAACAGCCACGACGGUGGACGCGAGCGUCUUCUGUCUGCGCAUGCGCCCGUUCAGCGGCCUGCUUCUAUUUAUGUGGGGGAUCCAACAUGGCGGCUGCGGCGACCCUGGCGAUGGCGGUGGAGCCCAUCAGAACAUAGUAGCGGGGAAGGGGGCCCGGUCCGCACUCACCGUGGCGCCGGCGGAGACGGCUGAGGGUGGUGGAGGGAAGAAAAGCGACGGAAAGGAAAAGGAAGGGCGGGCAGGCACGCAACGCGGCGUAGAAGCGAGCGCCGGCUUGAGCGAAAGCAGAGGGCCAGAACAGUGGGGAUGGCGGAGCCGCGCAGAGUAGCGUUCAUUAGCUUGUCACCGGUGAGGCGACGCGACGCCGAGUACCCGGGGACCGAGCGCGAGCCUGAGUACCCCCGCGAGUCCCCCCGGUUGGAGCCACAGCCGUACCGCGAGCCGGCUCGGGCGGAGCCGCCGGCCCCGCGGGAGCCUGCCCCCCGCUCGGACGCGCAGCCCCCGCCGCGGGAGAAGCCGCUCCCCCAGCGCGAGGUCAGCCGUGCCGAGCCGCCCAUGUCGCUGCAGCGCGAGCCCCCGCGGCCCGAGCCGCCGCCGCCGCCGCCGCUCCCGCCGCUGCCCUUGCAGCCACCCCCGCCGCGGGAGCCGGCUUCCCGGGCCAAGCAGCCGCCGCGGCCGCCGAGGGAGACUGUUCGGCUGGAGCUGGUGCUGAAGGACCCCACGGACGAAAGCUGCGUGGAGUUCAGUUACCCGGAGCUGCUGCUGUGCGGAGAACAACGGAAGAAGCUCAUUCAUACAGAAGACCCAUUUAACGAUGAGCAUCAGGAAAGGCAAGAAGUGGAAAUGUUGGCUAAGAAGUUUGAAAUGAAAUAUGGUGGGAAAUCCCGUAAACACCGGAAGGAUCGGCUACAAGAUUUAAUUGAUAUAGGCUUUGGCUAUGAUGAGACAGAUCCAUUUAUUGAUAACUCAGAGGCUUAUGAUGAAUUAGUUCCUGCUUCUCUGACAACAAAAUAUGGAGGCUUUUAUAUCAACACUGGUACUCUACAGUUUCGCCAAGCUUCAGAUACUGAAGAAGAAGAUACUACAGACAACCAAAAGCACAAGCCAGCCAAAGUUCCCAAAAUAAAAGAAGAUGAUAUUGAAAUGAAGAAGCGGAAACGGAAAGAGGACGGGGAAAAGGAGAAGAAGCCAAGGAAGAAAGUACCCAAACAGCUAGGAGUUGUGGCUCUAAAUUCACACAAGUCUGAAAAAAAGAAGAAACGUUAUAAAGAUUCUCUUUAUCUAGCUGCCAUGAUACGAAAAUUUCAGAAAGAGAAGGAUGCAUUAAAGAAGGAGUCUAACCCUAAAAUCCCAGUGACCUUAUCAACCUCCUCUCUGAAUAAACCCCCUUGUGCUGCUGCAGCAUUAGGGAAUGAUGUCCCAGACCUAAAUCUCAACAGCGCUGAUCCAGACCUUCCCAUUUUUGUUAGCACAAAUGAACAUGAACUCUUUCAGGAAGCUGAAAAUGCCCUAGAGAUACUAGAUGAUUUCGACUUUGACAGAUUACUGGAUGCUGCUUCUGAUGGUAGCCCCCUAUCUGAGUCAGGGGGAGAAAAUGGAAACACCACCCAGCCAACCUACACCUCUCAGGUUAUGCCCAAGGUGGUACCUACACUCCCAGAGGGUCUACCUGUACUUCUUGAGAAACGUAUCGAAGACCUCCGUGUAGCUGCCAAACUUUUUGAUGAAGAAGGGAGGAAAAAAUUCUUUACACAGGAUAUGAAUAAUAUCCUUCUGGACAUUGAGUUACAGCUACAAGAACUAGGCCCUGUCAUUCGUAGUGGUGUGUAUUCCCACCUUGAAGCUUUCGUGCCAUGCAAUAAAGAAACGCUGGUAAAACGUCUAAAGAAGUUACAUCUCAAUGUCCAGGAUGAUCGUUUAAGAGAACCUCUGCAGAAACUGAAACUGGCUGUUAGCAAUGUCAUGCCUGAACAGCUAUUUAAAUACCAGGAGGACUGCCAGGCUCGCAGUCAAGCUAAGUGUGCCAAAUUACAAACAGAUGAAGAACGAGAAAAAAAUGGAUCCGAGGAAGAUGAUGAUGAAAAACCAGGGAAGCGUGUCAUAGGACCAAGAAAAAAAUUCCACUGGGAUGAUACCAUCAGAACCUUGUUAUGUAACCUUGUUGAGAUCAAAUUGGGAUGCUAUGAGUUAGAGCCAAACAAAAGCCAGUCUGCUGAGGAUUAUCUUAAAUCCUUCAUGGAGACAGAGGUGAAGCCCUUGUGGCCUAAGGGCUGGAUGCAGGCAAGAAUGCUUUUUAAGGAAAGCCGAAGUGUGCAUAACCAUCUUACUUCUGCUCCGGCAAAGAAAAAGGUGAUUCCUGCACCUAAACCCAAACUAAAAGAGGUGAUGAUAAAGACCCUUCCUCUUCAUUCUUUCCCCAGUAUGCUUAAGGAGUGUAGUCCAAAAAAGGACCAAAAAAUUCCUGCGUCGUUGGUGGCUUCAGUUGGCGGUCCUCCAACAAGCUCAAACACAUCUGCCGUUGCUAUAGCCAGCUCCAGCUCUGCACCAGCCCAAGAAACCAUUUGCCUCGACGACUCACUAGAUGAAGAACUUUCUUUCCAUUCACCUUCACUAGAUGUUGUUUCUGAAGCUUUAGCUGUUAUCAACAAUGGGAGCAAGGCCCCUGCAGUUGGCUCAAGGAUAAGCAUGCCAACUACAAAACCUCGUCCAGGGCUGAGAGAAGAAAAAUUAGCAAGUAUCAUGAGUAAGCUGCCACUGGCUACCCCCAAAAAACUAGAUGCUACUCAGACUGCACAUUCUUCAAGUCUAAUUGCUGGUCACACAGGGCCAGUACCAAAGAAACCCCAGGAUUUAGCUCAUACUGGCAUCUCUUCUGGCCUUAUUGCUGGUUCUUCAAUUCAGAACCCUAAAGUUUCUUUAGAACCAUUACCAGCCAGGCUACUUCAGCAAGGACUACAGAGGUCAAGCCAGAUUCACGCUUCUUCCUCUUCACAAACUCACAUCUCCUCCUCUUCCCAAGCCCAAAUUGCUGCCUCCUCUCACACUCUGGGAACAUCCGAGGCCCAAGAUGUUUCUUCAUUAACACCAGUAACAAAGGUGCACCAGCAUUCGGCUGUCCAACAGAACUAUGUGUCUCCAUUACAAGCAACGAUUAGUAAAUCACAGACCAACCCAGUGGUGAAAUUAAGUAAUAAUCCCCAACUUUCCUGUUCAUCCCCACUUAUUAAGACUUCAGAUAAGCCACUUAUGUACCGCCUUCCAUUAUCAACCCCCUCACCUGGAAAUGGUUCUCCAGGGUCCCACUCCCUGGUUUCUAGGACAGCACCUAGCACCACUACCUCCAGUAACUAUUUAGCCAAGGCUAUGGUGUCACAAAUCUCCACGCAGGGUUUCAAAUCUCCCUUCACAAUGGCCGCAUCCCCCAAACUUGCCGCAUCUCCUAAACCUGCCACAUCCCCUAAACCCUUGCCCUCACCUAAGCCUUCUUCCUCACCCAAGCCCUCUCUGUCAGCUAAGCCUUCAGUAUCAACUAAACUUAUUUCUAAAUCCAACCCAACUCCCAAGCCUACUGUAGCCCCAAGUUCUUCCAGUACAAAUGCACUAGUAGCCCAGAGUAGCCACUCUAGUAGUAACAACCUAGUCCAUAAACAGCCCAGUGGAAUAAACAUCAGCAGACAGUCUCCCACCUUGAAUUUAUUGCCCACUAAUCGCACUUCAGGCCUUUCAUCUACAAAAAACCUUCAGGCCCCUUCAAAGCUAACAAACUCAACAUCCACUGGAACUGUUGGCAAGAACAGCUUGAGUGGAAUUGCGAUGAAUGUACCUGCCAGCAGAGGUAGCAACCUUAACUCAAGCGGAACUAGUAGGACUAGUCUGUCCGGGGGAACAGGAAGUGGAACACAGGGUGCUACUAAACCGUUGUCUACUCCACAUAGACCAUCUUCUGCCUCAGGGUCUUCAGUGGCCACAGCCAGUGCGCAGUCCACAGCAGGAGCAUCAUUAUUGGCUAAUGCCUCACCUCUGACUCUCAUGACAUCACCUUUGUCUGUAACAAAUCAAAAUGUGACUCCUUUUGGGAUGCUGGGUGGCCUUGUUCCAGUGACCAUGCCCUUCCAGUUUCCCUUGGAGCUACUUGGCUUUGGAACAGACACUGCUGGAGUGACAACCACCUCGGGAUCUACCUCAGCUGCUUUCCACCACAGCCUAACUCAGAAUUUACUAAAGGGUUUACAGCCAGGAGCUCAGCAUGCAGCAACACUUUCCCACUCACCUCUGCCUGCACACUUACAGCAAACAUUUAAUGAUGGAGGCCAAAGUAAAGGGGACACUAAAUUACCACGGAAAUCUCAGUGACUUGCCAGCAAGCGAAGGAGAUGAAUCAUUUAGUUGGCUGAUGGAAUCUACCUGAUGGGAAAGUACUUAUGUGGUCAUAGGGCUGCUGUUUCUGUCAAUGUUUACAUUCUCUCGUCCCAAGCACUGUGGUGAGGAGGAAAAAGAAAAGAAAACAUUACUUGAGCAAAGCCAGGUGCAGGAGGAAGAAAUGCUUUUGUGCAAAAUUAGUGACCUUUGGUCUCUUCUAAAGAAAGAAAGUUAACAUAUUAACUGACUUGAGAGAGACUUCAGUUGUCAAACCCACAGAUGUACAAAUUUUAAUUUUCCCGGGGGAGAAAGAAAGAAAUCAAAAGGAUUUGGGUAAACUUCAUCCAUCCUGGGGGUUAGAUCUGAACACUUAAUAAGGUCAUAGGAACAUAAUAAAAGUUAGUAGAUCUGGAAUUAGACCAGUUUGUCAGGAAUAGUGAAUCAUGUCUAUUCAGAUGGACUGUGUAGCAAACUUGCCACAAAAAAAAAAAAAAAAAAAGAAUUAAUGGCUCUGUCCCAUAUAGACAAUAGCUGAAGAAUAUCGUACCCUCAAAAAUCCUGAGCAAACUUGAAUUUUCUCCAGUGUAUAGUGACUCCCCAUAUAAAUCAGUAGACUAAAGAUGCUUUGGGAAAGUUAUUUUAGCACAGUGAUAUAUAUGAGUAAAUCUAGAUUUUUUUCAAAGUCAGAAAGUUGAACCUAUUGUUCUUAACAGACAAAACAUAGAUGUCCCCUUUUUGUGAAAGGGUCAAUUUCAACUUUCAUUCAGAAGCAGGUACUUAACUCUUCUUCAGGUGAUUUGUACAUCUGGUAACGACUGGUUAUUCUUAUUUCCUUUCUUGGUGUUCAAAUAUGACUGUGUUCAGAUUUUUUUCUUAAGAAAUGGGGAGCUUUUAUACAUGGAUGCUGCUUUGUUGCUCUUAGUAUUUGCAGUAACAUGCACUGUAAGUUUCCCCUUAAAUCACUUCACACGUCCUUCUGUUCUUUUAAUGAUGGUAUUUCAGGUGAUUAGGAGCUGUUGAUGUGAACAGGUAGAAGCAUAUGCUUUGUUUCUUCAUUGGUCAUUCAAAUGGCAUGAAUGUGGCUUCUGAAUUUUUAAGAUGGUAUGUGGGUCAUUAGGAAAGUUUGGAGAUACACAAAGAUCAUGAAAUGUAAAAUCCAUAUACACGUCCUGCUAGCAACACCUGCAAGCGAGCAAGUUGAAACUUGCUGGCUGCAGCAAAAAGGAUGCUGUUGACUGCAUUUCUUAGAAGUGAGAUAAUGGAUAACACAGCCUAUCUCAAAACUUUCAUAGUGAACCAUGUAUUUGAAAGGGAGGAAUUACAUCAGGAUAACAAUCACAAUGUAUUUUUACCCCCUAUAUCCAGUGUAGUGGAACUGUUGGAGCAUUUGGGAUCCUAAAGCUUUACUGAUACUUAGAGUAUUGAUAGGUGAGUAAACAUGCUGAUGAUACGACUUCUUCGUUAUUAUAGCUUCCUUAUGCAGAUAGGAUAUUCAACAAAGGAUGUUAAGGGAAAAAUUUAUAGUUCUCUUUGGGUACGUUUGAUUUUUUCUUUUUUUUACUUCUGGAUCAUUCUAGUGUCUCUUUUGUUUUUUAAGCUUCUGAAUGUUUUCAGACUAUAUCUGAGAAUGGUCUAAGCUCUAAAUAGUAUAAACUUGGUCCAUUUAUAAUGAUAGACUAACUUAAAAAUAUUAGACUGGUAGUACUAAGAUUUCUUGCAUAUGUUUUUAUUACAUGUUACUUUAUACUGUUAAGUUUAUUCAAAUAAGAGUAUUAACCAGGCCCUUUUUUUUCCUUUGUAAACAAAGUCCCCGAUAGCCUAUAGGACUGUGAAUAAAUAAUCUCAGGUCUGUUCAGAUCUGUUGCCUUUAUUUUGACUUCAAAGUCACAUUGGCUUGCCUCAUAGCAAAAAAGUUAAUGAAUAACUGAAAACUUUAGUUCCAAGAACUUGUUACAGGAAGGGGAAAGAAUUAUUUCAAAGAAUUCAUCGAUACAAUUUCUUGCUUCUAAGAAUUUAUUUUACCAAUAAAACAAAUAUGGAUGUUGUAUGACCUCAGUAGAUAAUUUGAAAGAAUGCUGGGAUGUUACAGAGAUUUGACUUCAAUUCAGUAUGUCUGAUUGAAGUUUGCUUUAUUUUAACUAGGGAACCUAACCCAAUUCUUGAUUUGUUCCAAGGUAGUGGGCCUCUUAGGCUUAUUAAAUUUGGGGGGGGGGAAGUAUUUGCUAAUAUUUAAUACUAUCUGGGUAAAUUAUGGGAGUUUUCCUUUGAGAAGUUAGCCUUUAUUUCUCAUACCAGGAGAGAAAUCAAAGUGCAUAUUAAUCUUUCUUCCUCCUGAUGAUUAUACAUGUAUUUGUAUGUGUACACACACGUAUGUAUUCAUAUAAAUUACUAAUUUGAAUCAAAACAUAAUUUCUUAAAUCCAUCAAUUCUGAAUCAUGCCAUAUGAACAUUCUUGAUGACUUUGUCAUCAUUAGAAAAGAACAGAAUAAUUAGUUCUUUCCUCCUGUAUCAUUUUAUACUAACCAGUAAAAAUAUCUGAAUGUCCUUGGCUCUAAAAAUAUAAUAUAGAGAUUAUGUUCUGUUCUCUUCAGUCUUGAGUCUUUGAGGACUGUUGUCGGGUCCUCACCUUAACCCUCCCCCAUUUUUACUGACCACUCACAUCCGUUUCAAUGAAGACUUCCCCUUUUAUGUUGUACAAAUGAGUCCAACAUACUUGUAAUUUCUUCAUAGACAAAGUAGAUCUGAGAGUUUCUACAUGUAAAUAUAAACAUUUCUUUUCUAAAUCAUAACAUUGGAAAUGGUGUCCAUACUUCAUGGUCACCCAUCUUUACAGUUUUUAUUACUAGAAAACAAACAUAUAAAUUGGUUAUUUUUUAACACAGAAACUUGUGACUCUCACUGUAUUUUUGCACUUAAAAAUCAAAUUAUGUUAUUUUUGAAAAUGGUAAUUGGAAAGGAUAUCUAUAGAACAAUGUGUAUUUCUGAAGAGCAUUAGCAACAUCCAGAUGCAGAAAUAAUCAGCACACAUAAUUAUGUCCCACUCAGCGGGAUUCUUGAUUCAGGAAGAUUAAACUGUUUGUUUUCAACUGUCUUAUAUUUUAAAUUGCCUUCACUGAUAUAUAAGCUGUUACUGUACAUAAAAGUUAAUCCUCAGUAUUCACAAGCAAUAAUGGUCAGCAGAGUCGUCCUCAGAGACAGAAAUGCUGAGCUUCAGUUGGAGACUGGGAGCAAAGUGUCAAGCUCAUUCAGAGCCUCCAGAAUAAUUGCAAGCAAUAAUUUCCCUUAUAAGUUAGUUCUUAUAACUCUUUCUCAUAUGCUUCUGAGAUCAAAUAGUAAACAAGAUUAUGAUUUUAAAACAACCUGAAGAAAAAAGGUUUGGGGAAAAGAAAUGAGGUUUAAUCUGUAGUUACAAGGUCGUGAUAUUUUGAGGAGAUCAGAGUAUUGUGUUAAGUACAUUAUUUCUUGCCCACCACCCCUUUGAUGGAUGUUGUUGGCCCAAAUUGCAUUUUUUUACAUUAUAGAUGUCGAGUAGGGUUUAUUAAAUCACCAAGGUAAAAGGCAGAACCCGGCAACAUACAUGUUUGGAUACUGUGGGUUUGACACCUGUUUGAAAACAACUUACUGGAAAUGAUUUUUAACCCAGGAUAUUUUUUUUCCCAAAGCAGAUCUAAAUUGUUUACUACCCAGGGUUGGAAAGGGCAGGCACCUCUAGUCUUUCUCUGCUGGUGGCCCUCUCCCACACCCAUUUCCGCCUCUACUUGGUUCAGGACAUUUUCUGAAAUGAAAAUUCUACUGUUACUCCAACUGCCAUUGAGUGUGAGAGCUCUGUGUCCUUUGGGAUCAUCUCUUAGAACUCCAGUUAUCGAUCACAUUUGCUGCUAUGUUUGUAAGAUGAACUUUGCCUGUAUUGGUUGACUUUAAUCUAAUUUACAGUUCUUUAUUUCUGGAAGAUUUUAUCCUAUAAUUUGACCCAUGUAUAGAAUUAGGAAACUUUAUUUUGGGAGUGUAUCAUAAAAGCACACUGGUCCCUAUAUUGUUUUUAUCAUUUAGGUUUUGAAUUUGUUUGCUUUUUUGUUUGUUGGUUUUUGUUUUGUUUUGUUUUUUAAGUUGGAAGUAGAACGAAAAAGAUCUAUAAUCAGCCAAACUUGAGAACUUUCCCUGUGCUUCAGCACUAUAAUUUCUGCUGACCUAAUGUUCUCAAAAGAGGCACUUUUACUCUCUUGUGCAUGUGUGAUUGGUUUUUUUCUUUGUUUUGUUCUUUGCUUUGGGGGGCUUUUGUUUCUGUAAUAAUAAAGCAGAAGAAAAGUGCAGUAAUAGAUAAAUGAUUGAUCACAAACAUGCAAUUUUAUGAAGUUUUAAUGGGAAAAGUUUAACUCUUUGUAAGUCAUUUCUUAGCUCUGGUAAAAUGCUUAUAUUACUGCUCUGAAACAUCCUCAAUUCAGGCCUUUGUCUUUGUUAAGUGCCUUUUUUCUUUCUUUUUUUCCUCUUUUGAAACUGUUCUCAGAUGAAGUAUAGGCUAAGGCAGGGGAUUCAAGAGGAAGAAUCUCAAACUUGCCACCACCAUGUCAUGCUGUCACCCUCUUUCUUUUAUUUGGAUAUAUGUAUAAGAUCCAUAUAUCCACACAUACGUAUAUAUAAAACCAGUAGCUGCCAUACCAUUGCAUCCUUUCCAAACACCCCCACCAGUGUUUGCAAAGCUUCUGUCUUGUUUAUUCCAUUGCUUUUAGUUGAUUAAAAGAGGCAGAUUGGGAAAUUAUCUUUUCACAAGAUGCUGUCUUCCCCUCUUGAAUAUCUGUUUGUAGAAAUUAAUAACAACAAGAUAUAUAUAUAUGUGUGUGUGUAUAUAUAUACACACACAUACACACACACACACAUAAUAAGUCGGUUAUUACAAGUAAAAUAAAUUCAAUGGACUCAUUGACUGUUUCUGGAGUAACCCACUGCUGUAUGCCCUUCAAACUUGGCAUAAGCAAUAUUGAGAAAGCAUUGGAAUAACAAGUACCUCAUAGGUGAGAUUGGUAGGGUGCACUGUGGCAGGUGAGACUGAAUACACGGGAGGGCUGGUGUCACAACUGUGGUAUGGUAUCUGAUUCAGUUUUGUAGGAAAUUAGCAGCUUUGUCAGCAUCAAAAAUGUAUCAUUUCCUUUUGGGAAAUGAUUUUUGAAAUCAUAGCUGCAUAUCUGUUAAAAGGUUAAUAAACUUAGAAAGACUUCAGAUACUGAGGAACACACUCAUAUAAUCUAUAGCAUUCUUGAGAGAUCUUCGGUUUUCUUUUUAUUUGCCAAAUGAUUACAUUUGGCUUAAUCUGAUUUUAUGAUUAUUUAGAUUUCUCCCUUGAGCAAAAUAACAUAAUCUUCAGCAUCUAAGAUUCAUCUGUUUCUUGUUUAAAACAAAUGUGAUACGUUAAGGGAGACUAAGUUAAAACAUUCCUCAUACCCAGUACAAAUAUAUCUAAUAAGUGCCCCCUUUUUAAAUAAAUUCUAUUUGGAAAGAAAAGACUUGUAGCUAAAAAGGAGAAAGCAUAGACUCCUGAUAAUGUAGCCUGAUAGCAAAACUACGGUCAGGUGCCAGAGUUCAUUUGCAAGUAUUACUCUUGAAUUUUACUAUGUCUAGGGGGGAAAUCAUUUAACCUUCGUGCCUCAGAUUACCCAUUAGACAAUUGGGUAUAAUAAUAUUCACCUACCUCCCAGGGAUAUCAGAGACUUUACUAUUUCAAAAAUAUUUUGAGUUUUUCUAAAAUGUGCUAUAUAAGUAAAAAUAGUAUUAUCAUCUUCCUGCAGAGGCUAAAAAAUGUUUUCCUUGUGAUGAGUAUAAAAAGGACCCUAUGAUUUUUAAGUUCUAAAAAAAAAAAUCACUGGAAUUCUAAUUUAGAUACAUAUUUGUUAUUUAAACAUAUAUGCAGUGGGAUAAAAUGUUUAGUUUGAAGUUAACAAGGGGGGGGAAGGAAAUGACACUAAGUUUCUUAAUUAUAAGUAGUUUUUUUUAGCCUUUUAAGGUGUUACUGCUUGUGUGGAUUUUGCCAAGGUUGUGGAGCUGAAGUUAGACGAAGUUUGGACGCUUGGUUAUUGAAGUUGAUAAGUGAUCCCGGAAAUUUUAACUGCCUCACUUUUCCAUCGUCUCAGUCUAAUUCCCUUAUGUUACUUGUUUGGUGACAGCUACGCUUUUCGCUUUUUCAGAAAGAGCAGGAAUCUCCUCAUUCUUGCUAAUCAUGAGACUGUGUACUAUUCCUGUAGCUAGGUGUGUCCAGCUCUGCACUGAAGGGGCAAACACUACACACAGCUGGCUGGGCACUCUCUUAGCCAUUCUGCCUUUGUAAUCCAUGCUUCUUCAGUGUGAAAGAGGGGAGCCCUCAGCUGCUCAGGUUGUAGGAAAACAAGAGAGGGAAGGCAAGAUUCACUUUCUAGCUGGGGAGGGCCAGGGUAGAAGGAACGUGUUUUCCCCAAAUCCCAGGAGGAAAUGAAGAUCAUUUUAUCCCACCAUCCAACCCUGUAUAUUAAGUAGUACUAUGUAGAAUUUUUCUUUCGUCAUUUGAAACAACAGGAAAAAAUGGAUGCUGCAAUUUUUUGGAUGCUAAAUGCGGACCACCGUUUGUUGGAGUAUCUGUGUAGAAUUAAAUUGUAGAGCAUAUUCAGGGUCAGAAUGAAGAAGACACGCAGGGUGAGGAACAAAUUUCAUCUAGCUCAUGUGAGUUAGGAGAAAGUACCAAGCCCUAGCAGACAAAGCAUCUGGGUUAAUUCCCAGAACUGGCAAAGGCCCAGUUAAUCCCCGGUAAGAUAUGAUAAGGGUUUCUAAAAAUCAUUUACUGGAUUUUUGUUGCUUUUCCCAGGUAAGGCCUUAGUAGUAGCCUCUAAAUAGCAACUAUGCAGAUAAACAUACUCCUUGUUUUCCAUGUUGUCCUCUUUUUCCAUUCUCCAAUAACAAAUGUUAAGACCCAAAGAAAUAAGGCAUGAAAGUUUGGUUGAAUGUGUGUUUGUUCCUCCAAGGAAGAUUAACACAAACAUAAAAAAGAGAUAUUUUGUGUUUGUCCUAAAAUGUGAACUCUAUAUUCAAAAACUACAGACCCUUUCAUUGGUGCAAAAACUAUAGUUAGUAUCAUGGAAUGUCUUUGGGUUGUUAUGAUAAAAUCAUCCCAGUGUUCAAUUCUGAAAAGGUUUUAGAUUCUGUGGCACAAUGUUCAGGUUUAUAGAGCUGAACGAGUGGUCAAACUCUAAUUAAAAAUAGCUUUGAAUAUUAAUAUUGAAUUCUUUCUUCAUUUCCUUUAGUCUGAACUCUUAAGUUAACCAUUUAAUCAGCCAACUGCUACACUAGGAUGUAAGUUCAUAUUGUUAGAAGUCUGGUCACACUAUCUCUUACAUCCUUUUCUCACUCUGGUGAUCUAGUCUGUGUCCCCAUUGAACCUGAAGGUAAAGCCUGUAGGCCUAUUUCAGAAGACUGUUACAUCUCAGCAGAAGACCCAGGCAGGGACUCUCUUAGGAUUUUAUUUAGACUGCCUUUAAAUAGCUUGAUAUUAAAUAACAUUUUUCUCAUAGACUCCCAAAGUACAAUUUACUUGAAAGUAGCUAUUUGUGAUCAUUAUUUUUAAUUUCAUCACAUUGUAAUACUUUUGCUUCUCAAUCUGACCUAUGUAUUUCCAUUUCAUAGUGGGUUAGUACUUAAACUCUGGAUACAUUUCCAAACUAUUACCCAAACAAGUCAAGAAUGCUUUUCAAAAACCUCAUGAGUAUGAUUUGGGUCAAUCUGUCCAAGACUUAGAGUCAGUGGUUAUCAUUUGAUUUGUUUUUCUUCUCCUUUGUAUUAAAAAAGAUUCUGCUACUAUAUAAUGUGGUAAUAGCUACAUUUCAUGCCUUCCCCUUGAUACUUUUCAAGGUUAUUCAAAAGAAAUGCAGACCUUUGUUAGAGGUUCUUAUUUCUCAUAACCGUAUGCCUUGCUUAUUUCCGUAUUUCCCCAGAUAAGCCUACUUUUGCAAAUAGGCCAUGUGAAUCCUUAAUACCAUUUUUAUGUUUGUUCCUCAGAAAACUCUCUCUACUUUAUUUGCUCCCAUUUUGCUAAUAAUAAUACAAUUAUAUUAUCUUUAAUCUGUCUUAAAUAUUGUAUAAUCAAGAACUAAGGGAAACCUCAUUGAAACAUAAACAAAAUGACUUUUGCCCAACAUAACUUGGAAAUACUUCUGUUUUUGAAGUUAACUGUUCCAUCAAUCCUCAAAGCCUAUUUUGGAGUCAGCAUUAACCAUGCCUAGCCAGCGGACAUGCUUUUUUGUGUUAUGUCCUACCCUUAAAUUGUCAGAUCUUAGCUAUCUUGUAUUUCCUAUCCUUACAGCCAUAAACUUUCUUCCUUUAUUGCUUAUCUCCACUGUAAGCAUGAGAGUAUUUUGCCCUCUGUCAGAAAAUUGAAUUUUCUUUACCAUAACUGCGACUACCAAGGAUUAUCCCAUUAAUUAAGAGGCAUUAAAAGAAAGAGAAGUUAUUCUCGAGUGACAAAGGUAUUACUGUUUUUAAUAGUUUGAAACUUGGCCAAAUUUGGCCACUUUUUUUUAAAGUCUUGGCUGUGCCCAUGUAAUGAAUCACAUAUACUUUCUGAGACAUGCAGAUAGUCGUGGGACCCUUCCACCAUUGUAGGUUCCCAGCCUACAAAUAAUUUCUUCUGAUCCAUGGCCACCUUCCAGAGAAAAGAUUAAAACUUUGCACUUUUUAUUGGCUAUCAUUGAAAAAUUAUUUUAUUUUAGAAAGUAUCAACAAUACCAAAUUAUUCUUUAAGGAGAGUAUGUAACUUUGGGGCUUUCCCUUGCUAAACGCUAUCAGAUUUAGAAGAAAAUAAAUCUCUGGCUGGUGAUAAUUCUUUGGCCCAAAUAAUACAAAAAGUCUACCAAGAAACUAAGUGAUGAGUGUUUUCUUCUUUUAUUGCAAGCAAGAAAGUCUAUUUGCAGUUGUAAAUGUUAUUGUGAAACUGCAAACCUAUUUGCUAUAACUGAUUGGAAAUGACGAUUCUGAUUUUUAGUCUGGGUAAGCACAUAUUUCCAACCCUUACGAAAUGAAUUUUGGUAAGGAAAAGACUUUUGUUUGGUAGCAGAAGGAAAAACAGGAAUUUUAUACAGUAAAUGUUCACUCUCCAGAGGAACUUCCCUCCAGUUACACAACUUCUUAUUAGCCGCCUCCACACUUGAUGUAAACGCCAAUACGCUUCAAAACUAGUCUUGAAGGAGCCUAAAGAAUUGAUGAUCCUCUAGGUAAAAGGCUCGAAUCACUGUAUUGGAUUUUCUUAUAGGGAGGUGUUUUUGCUAACUUGAAAGGAUAUACUGUAUUUCAAAUAAGUGUAUGACUUAAUAUUUUGGGAUUUGUUUUCCUCCUUUAAAAACUGGACCUGAACACAAGCUUUGAGUUGAUAUUUGUAAUAAUCUCAGGACCUGAAAGAUUGUAGCAUUUAGUGUGUCUUAAAAAUUAUGUACUGUACCAGCCAUGGAUUUUUGUAAAUAUACCUGUCUCCCUUUUUUGUAUUAUUUUAGUAAAAAAAUAAUAAAUUUAAAUAAAGGGGGGUGGUGACGACAUGUGAAUGGGUGUGGGUGUGUAUGUGUGUGUGUUUGCAUAAGGCUCUUUUGAGAUGAACUGGUGCUUGUUUGAUUUCCAGCUCAAAUUGGAGCAGGAAUAUGGACAAACUGCUGCUACUGAACCCUGCACUGAGCCGAGGUAUUUCCAUUGUGUCAUUUUUCAUUUGGUUGAUCGAAUGCUCGUAGCUACCAGGAAAUGGCUUGGGAGUCAAAGUCUUCUUCCCAUUGCCAUCUUGCCUUUGCAUUCCCGGUUUUACAUGCUCUUGGAACUUUAAUAUAAAACAUUUGAAACUUUGGGUGGUUUGGUGGUCUCUGGUUUUUAGAAAGCUCUUGUCACUCGUCACUCUUUCCUUAAAAUAAAAUUUAGAAAGAUAAAUUUCUUAACAAAAAACAGAAGAAUUAGACAUUUCAUAAAAGCCCGAUAAUUUUGGAAAUGUGAGAGGGCAUAAACAUUCCUAAAUAUGAAUCUGUGAAUUUAGUAAAUUCACCCUAUGGAUAUACUCCUUCAGUGCAGGGAUUUUUGUUUAUUUUUAUUUUUAUUUUUUGCAACAGCCUUGCUCAUAUUCCAGGUGUAGCUAGGAAACCCCUGUUUUGAAGCAAGAGCCUUAUUUGGUUCAGUGUAGAUGUUUCCUGUCUAUCCUUUGUGACAGGGCCUUUUAUGAGUGUUUUUUUUUUUUCUUUUUGUAUGUGUUACGUGUUUGUUGUACUAAAUAAAGAAGAAUGUACAUAUUA